ACAAUUCAAGAUGCAGCACCACGAAUACAUUCCAGCACAAAGAUUUCCAAGAAGAUGAGUAAUUUUCGUGAAAAACUGUUAGCUAAUCUUGAUAAAAUUAAGCAAAACGAUCUGCAUCAUCAGUAUCCUUCGAAGACGAACGAUGAAAUAGAGGAUACACUGUUUCAAAAGUAUCGAACGGAACUGGCAGCUAGUAGUGGAACCGGUAAACCACCCGAUCAAGUACAGACAGAAGCUCAGGGCGAUUCUACUGUUGAUUCGUAUCGUUACAUUCCCCGGUUUCACUUCGAACUGCCGAAGAGUGCCGACUCGCUAGCGCAAAAGUUGCGUGAAGAAGCGCGCACACUCUUUCUGCAGAAGCGUAGCAAGGAGCUGCUCGAUAAUGGAGAGUUUAAGUUGCUGUGGAGUUUGCUCGAGAAGCACCAUUCGCCACCGUUGGUUGGUGAGGAGCAGUACAUCAACUACGAGAACUACUGUAAGGUGGGUAUAAUAGCAGGGGAAAAAUUUCGACGCUACCUUACAGCGACCACAUUUGCCCGGCUACUAGCGUCGAGCAGCAAUCCGGGCAAGAUCAGUGUCAUCUCCCUGUUCAACUACACCAUGCGCAAAGUUUGGCUGCAGCAGACGCGCAUCGGUCUCUCGCUGUACGACUAUACCGGGCAAGGAUUUUUGAGCGAAUCGGACAUGGAAUCGUACAUUCUGGAACUGAUUCCCACCUUUCCGCAGCUGGAAGGGUUGGAAAAAUCGUUCCACAGCUUCUACGUCUGCACCACGGUACGCAAGUUUUUCUUCUUUCUUGACCCACUGCGGACGGGACGCAUUCGGAUACGGGAUGUGCUUACCUGCAGCUUUCUGGACGAUCUGCUCGAACUGCGCGACGAAGAGAUUCCGAAGGAUGCCCAGGAACUGAACUGGUUUUCCGCACCUUCCGCACUGUCGGUGUACGGACACUAUCUGAACCUCGACAAAGAUCACAACGGGAUGCUAAGCAGGAAGGAACUGAUUGGGUACGGUUCGGGCACGCUGACACCGAUCUUUCUCGAGCGUGUGUUUGCCGAAUGUUUAACGUACGACGGCGAGAUGGACUACAAGACGUAUCUGGACUUUGUGCUAGCGCUGGAGAAUCGGGCCGAGCCGCAAAGUUUGCACUAUCUGUUUCGCAUCCUGGACGUCGAGCAUAAGGGCUACCUGACCGCGUUUACUUUGAACUAUUUUUUCAAAGGCAUCCAGGAGGAACUGUCCGCCCAUCGGGCCGAACCAAUCAACUUUGACGAUGUGAAGGAUGAAAUUUUUGACAUGGUAAAGCCGGCCGAUCCAACCCGUAUCACGUUGAAGGAUUUAAUCAGCUGCGGUCACGGUGAGACGGUCGUUUCCAUACUGAUUGAGUUUCACAAGUUUUGGGCGUACGAAAAUCGAGAGGUCAUGGUAACGUCGACCGCUAGUGACGAUACGCACAAUUUAUGAUAUCAAGCUAGCAUCAAUGGCGAGCAGGUGGAACAACCGAUCGAAGAAGAUGAUGAAUGUCGAACGGUG